UCAAUAAAACAGACCCAUCAUUUGACAUUACUACGAAAGCGUAGCUUCGAACUUAUUUGUUUUCAUUUCACAGCAAUGAAAAAUUCGUGGAAUAGAUUUUAAAUAGAAAAUAAUAAACACCAAAAGCCAAUUUAAAGUUAAUAAUAUGAGUAGUGAAAUUUCAAUACCGCGGCAAGUUUCAACUAUACCAGAUACUUCGCAGAUGGAAGUAGGCACAUCUCCAUCCGUGCCAACAGCUUCGUGCGCUUCACCGGGUUCUAGCAAGGUGUCGUCAGCGGAAAAUCUACCUGCCGGUAAUACCAAUAAUAAACGGCAAUUAGCCCGAUUCCAUCCAUAUCACGGCGCAAACAUUAUUUUAUGUGAAGAUAAUACAGUUGCUUACCGAAAAGCUAGUUUUGCGGAUGCUGUUACGUUUUCGGAAAAACCACUACAACCUGGCGAAAUAUUUCUUGUUGAAAUUGAGAAAAAUGAACGUGGCUGGUCAGGUCAUAUAAGACUCGGUUUAACACAAUUGCUGCCCGACGUGAUCGGAUCGAUGUCGGAAGGCUUGCCACAGUUUGCUUUACCUGAUUUGGCGAACUUAGGAACUAGUUGGAUCUAUCCCAUUUCAAAAUUCGAAUCUCAUUCCUUAUCACAGCGAAGUGGUGCCGCCGGCGGUGUCAUAGAAACUAAUCCGCUGUUUCAAAAUGCUACCGAGCCUGUGUGGGCACAAGAUAAUUCAUCUGGCGCUGUCACAGAAAACGAGACCACAUCUCGAAGUAAUAUAUUAGGAGAUUCAAUUUAUGUACGCACUUCACGUGGUAUGGUUCCAAAGCGUUUAUUGCGUCCAACUGUGGAUAAUGGCGAUGGCAACACAGGUAUUUUGCUGACUGAUAAGGGCUCACGGAUUGGUGUCGUAUAUGUGCCUACUGAAGCUGAUAAAGACAAAGGUGAGAUGCACUUCAUUAUAAAUGGAGUUGAUCAGGGUCCAUGCACAAAAGAAAUACCUAUGGACAAAUCACCACUCCACGUAGUUAUUGAUGUCUAUGGCACAACGAAACAAAUUCGAAUAAUACAACUUUAUGGAAUCGUAUCCCUUCAAAACGCUUGUCGAGAUGCAAUACUAUUACACACAAAACUACAUAAUAUUGAAAAGUUGCCGCUGCCGGAAAGACUCAAAAACUUUCUUCGACGUAAUGACUAGAUGUACACUUAGCAUAUUUUUGCGUUGAAUGACAUUGUUUUAAAGAUCAUCUAAAAACGGCAAAUGAAAAGAGCAUGAGUGGAUGUGUUGUUAGGAAGUUUCUGUUACGCCAGUCUUCAAAUGUUAUAUAAGAAUUAUUCACACAAAUUAGAAAUGAUGAAUAUGCUAUAUUUUACUAGGAUGACUCUGAAAUUCAUGUAUUUUUUGGUGUGUUGCGAGUUUGCGGUGCGAAGAUAGCAAGGAUGUUGAACAUAUUGAAAGUUUUGUUUGUUGUUAACAAUGAUGUGACCUAAAUCUAUAACAUUCGCCCAUAUAUAAAAUGGGUUUAGUUUUAAUAAAAAAUAAUAACCAACAAGAAUA